AUGAAAGAGGUACCUACGGAUCCCGACAAUAUAAUUGCAAGUGAUGAAUCAAUUUACGAGGAUACUAAAGAAGAGCCGCAAUUUGAUGAAAGUAGUGAGGAAUACGCUGACCGAGAGAACAUUGAGUUAACACAACUAGGAGACCUUCCAGGGCUAACAAAACAAGAAAACAAUGAACUGAGAGGUGUUCUUAACCCACCUGAUGGAUCAAGUAUAGAAGGCAGAACAGGUCCCAAUGGAGCGUUACAAGUUCAGGCUGACUACUUUAAUGAAGCUAUUGGUGAAACCGUGGAACGCGCCACGUCAGCGGAAGGUACAACUGAGUAUAAUGCUUUUAUAGAAAGAAUUAACAGUUUGAAGGAAGCUAGAGAUCGAACCCUAGAACAGAGAACAGUAGAGGAAGCAAGAGAGGCACAACUAAAGGACAUUUCUAGAUUACGCAGAUUUAUAGACUGGGUAGGAAGGAAAAGGUGGGACUUGUAGGGAUAGCAGUGUCAACAGCUAGUUUAAUUACAGCCUUAUUAAUCCAUGCUAGGGGAGCCAUUGUGAAGACAGCAAAGGCCACUGGUAAAGUAGCAAAAGCAUUAGCAAAUUUAGCAAAGAAAGCAGGGCCAAUUCUAGUUCCAAUUCUGAACACCAUUGCAACGGCGCUAUCAUGGGGAGCCAAAGGAAUUGCUUGGUUAGCGUCACACUUAUGGGUACUAGCUAUAGCUGCAGCCUUAAUGGUAUACAACUAUUACAGCAAGUAA